GCUUCCGGCCAGGCUGACACGUCCGCAGGUGGUUCGGCACGCGUGGCGGCGGGCGCGGCAGGCCCCGCCCGGCCCGGCCCGGCCUUAAAGGCAGGGCGGAUUUGGGCGGAGGCCAUGGCGGAGCGCAUCCUGGUGACCGGCGGCGCGGGGUAUAUCGGCAGUCACUGCGUGCUGCAGUUGGCCGAGGCGGGCUACGAGCCCGUGGUCAUCGACAACCUCCGCAACGCCGCCAGAGGGCCCGGCGCGCUCCCCGAGAGCCUGCAGCGCGUGCAGCGCAUCGCGCGGACGCCCAUCGCCUUUCAGGAGCUCGACAUCACGGACGGGGCCGCGCUGCAGCAGCUCUUCAGCACGCACCGCUUCUCGGCCGUGAUGCACUUCGCGGGGCUGAAGGCGGUGGGUGAGUCUGUGCGACAGCCAUUGGAGUACUACGGUGUGAACCUCACCGGCACCAUUCGGCUGCUGGAGGCCAUGGAAGCACACGGCGUGAGGAACAUCGUGUUCAGCAGCUCGGCCACUGUCUAUGGUGACCCACAAUACCUGCCCCUGGAUGAGAAGCACCCGGUCGGGGGCUGCACCAACCCCUAUGGCAAAUCUAAGUACUUCAUCGAGGAGAUGAUCCAGGACCUCUGCAAAGCAGAGAAGGGCUGGAAUGCCAUUCUCCUGCGCUAUUUUAAUCCCAUUGGUGCCCAUGAGUCUGGAAUGAUCGGAGAAGAUCCUCAGGGCAUACCCAACAACCUCAUGCCCUACGUGGCACAGGUGGCAGUGGGGCGCCAGGAAUUCCUGAGUGUGUUUGGAAAUGACUAUGAGACAGCAGAUGGAACGGGUGUUAGGGAUUAUAUCCAUGUUGUGGAUUUGGCCAAGGGACACAUUGCUGCUUUGAAGAAGCUCAAAGAGAACUGUGGCUGCAAGAUCUACAACCUGGGCACCGGCACAGGCUACUCUGUCCUGCAGAUGGUCCAGGCCAUGGAGAAAGCCUCAGGGAGGGUGAUCAAGUACAAGAUCACGGGCCGGCGGGAGGGAGAUGUGGCUGCCUGCUAUGCUAACCCAGAGCUUGCUGAGCGGGAGCUGGGCUGGAAAGCUGCAUUUGGCCUGGACAAGAUGUGUGAGGACCUGUGGCGCUGGCAGCUGCAGAAUCCCACAGGAUAUAGUAAGAACUGAGCCCUGGUCUGAGGGCUCAUUCUACGGUCCUGGGUUCAGGGCCUGCCCCUCUACCUGCCUCCAUGCUUCCUCAUCCUCACCCCACCAUCUCACAGAACUGAGCCAAGGCCCAGCCUCACUACCCAGAGCACUAAAUCCCCUCACAGAAAAGUCUGGGACCUGGCACAGGAGGGUGCUUGGUGGGGGUGCAUACUGCAGGAGAAGCAGUAUCCAGUUCUCCAGCAAGCGAUCUUGGGUGCCCAAACUGUGGAGGAAAUUGCCCAUUCUUUACAGCCCCAGCCCUGGGCCCAAAAAGGGGGCCUGGACAAGGACCUCCCACCUCUUGUGUCGUCCUAGGCCUUCCUCUCUUCUCCCACAGGACCACAGUCUGAGGCCCCCCAAGGACCAGCCCCUGCUGGCUGCCAGGGGCUCCCCUCCCUCCCCCUCCUCUCAGAUGGCUUUGGGGCCCAAGGCUUGCCUGCUGUGUGCUGCUGUGGGGCUGGAGGAGCCCCUGCCUGCAGCCGUAAGGGAUCUCAUAGCUGGUUCUGCUUCCACAGUACCUGUGCAGCUUCUUCUGUAAUUGUGUUCCUAAAGGUUCCUCAGGAGCAGGCUCUGCUUGGCUGUCACACACUGAUUCUAUUUAUUACUGGCAGCAAUACUGGCUCCCUUAGGAAAUGAUGACUCAGCUAGCUCAGUUUGCUGUCAUGUAGAUUAACUUAUGUUACUAAAUUAUGAAUAGAGCUUUUGAUUUGUUUCUAAAUAAAUUUUCUUACUUUCUAAGUAGCUGCUCUGUUCUGUGCCUGCUGCACCUAGACAGAGCUGCUGGGGCGCAGCCAGUGGAGUCUGAAUGACAAACACUGCCAGCUCAGCUGGGAGAGGUUUAUGAUUUAUUUACCUUGUAUCUGACUCUGUGGACCACACACACAAAGAGACCCCAGACAAGGAAGACAAAAUAGAGGGAAAAAGAAGAAGGAAAAAAAACCAACAACCUAACAACAAAAAGGUGUUUUGAGAAAUGGAGAGAAACCAUUCUCCCUCCCUGGAUCCUCAGCAUGGCCCCAGCUUAGCACGUGCUGCUCCCUGGGAGCAGGGAAUGUGCUACAGAGAGCCGUGCCUGAGGAUAGCCACGGGUCCCCAGCCCCUGCUGGCCCCACUAUGCACCCAGUUCCAGUUCACAGCUGAUAUUGGGCUGCCUACCCCCAAGCCUCACAUUCCUCCUCUUGCUGAGAGCAGGGGGGACAGGCUGCAGCAGUUUUGAACACACCAAGCAGAAGAAACAGCAGGACAUAACCCCAAGCAAGGGGAAGAGCUGGACUCCCCUCAUGCCAGCAGUGUGUUUGCUGGUUUAAGACUUUCUAAAGGAAAAAAAACAGAAAGCCCAACACAAACCAAAAAACCAAGGAUGGGUCUGACAGACCCAACUCUCCAGUAAGCGGGUUAUUGCUUUGCACAUCUCCAGGACUGCAACGAGGUUUCCUCUGCCCCACACAGCCCCUGGGCACAGCUGCAGACACCAAGCAGGGCUGUGCAGGGCAAGAACAGACCAGACCCACAGAGGCAGUACACAGGGGAAGGAGCCGCACCCUGUGGCCCAGAUAAGUUUGUUUGUGUUUUUUUUUUUGUUUUGUUUUGUUUUGUUUUUUUUAAAGAAGACAAUGACAGCUCCAGCCCAGCGGGCCCAGCAGUGCUGCGGGCUCAGCCCAGGGAGGUGAGAAGGGCAGCACUGCUCAACAGCCUCUGCCCGUAGCCUUGCAGGAGGGGGGAGGAUAAUGGGAUCCCACCUAUGGCAGGUGGAGGAGGUGACUGGGGGGCAGGGAGCAGCUCUGGGCUGUGUCCCUCCAGGCCAGGGAGAGGCACAACCUCAGCUGCAGCCAGCUGGGUGAGGGGUAUGGUGCUAGUCCUGGCCAGCCUGUGAUUGUACACUGAAAGGCCAAUGUGGCCUCCACCCUUCACCCAGACAACAUAGAGAUCCCAU